AUGAAAGUCAUCCGCAAGUCCGAAAUGCUUCGAGCAUGUCAAGAAGGCCAUCUCCGAGCCGAGCGAGACUUCCUCGUAGCCUCAGAAGGUUCGCGCUGGGUCGUCCCUCUCAUCGCCAGCUUCCAAGACAACACCAAUCUCUACCUCGUCAUGGAGUACAUGAUUGGCGGUGACUUUCUCGGCUUGCUAUUGAGAGAAGACGCCCUCGAAGAAGAUGUCGCCCGGUACUCGUCCGGACACCUCAAGAUCUCUGACUUUGGACUCGCUUUCAAUGGACAUUGGGCGCAUAGCCAGACGUACUACAAUGCGCAGCGCGAGACUUUGCUGGAGAAGAUUGGAAUCAAGAUCAAGGGCGAUGAGUUUGAUGAGGCAGACGAUAUGGAUGGGCAGCAGGAUGGUGCGGACUCGAAAAGCUCGCCUGGCAGAGGCACGCCAAAACCUGAUGCUGAAGAGGGUGCUCGUCGUGAAGGGUUGUUGAACUGGCGGAACCGCAUCGAACGACGUAAGCUGGCUCGCAGUGUUGUCGGGACGAGUCAGUAUAUGGCACCCGAGGUGAUCCUUGGGUAUCCAUACGACGGCCGCUGCGACUGGUGGAGCAUUGGCAUCAUCUUGUAUGAGUGCCUCUACGGGCGAACACCCUUCUACUGCGACAAUCGUCAGCGGACCAAGGAGAGUAUCGUCAACCACAGGAAUACGCUUCUCUUCCCAAGUCAUGAGCGCUGGGCCAGACCUUCGUCAGAGUCGAGACGAUGGCUACCACCUCCCAGUGAAGCAGUUGUCGACCUCAUCCAAUGCCUCCUGACGGACAAAGACUUCCGACUCAGCUCUCGCCAAUACCGCCAACCCGAAGGCCGAAUCGCCCGUCGCCACUCCACUGCUUCUCAAAGCAAUCCCCUCGCUCGCCACGUCUACACCAACGGAGCCGAAGAGAUCAAGCAGCACAAAUUCUUCCACGGCAUCCAAUGGACGCAACACCAUCUCAGCCAGCCACCCUUCGUCCCGCGGGUGAAGGAGAACCAAUCCAUCACCAAGUACUUCGAAGAAGAAAAGGACAUCCUCACCGAAGACUCGUCCAGCUACGACAGUAUCAAGGAGCACAUUGAGAAAGAACGUCUGGAAGAUACUGCCGAACGCACCCGCAAGGAAAAGUGCGAUCUGGGGAUCGAGUCGUGCUCGGACGGCGAGUUGCAGCGGAUCAAAGAGCACUUUGGGGUGGACUACGAGAAGUGGAAGGCGGAGCGGGUGGUGGAGGUUGCGGAGAAGAGGGUGGAGCUGGGGAUCGAAGUGACGGUGCCCGCGGGGAGGAAUCACAAGGAGAGGAAGAGGCCGCGGGAUCGCAUGUUGAGGGAUCCGGAGGUGGGGAGAAGGGUGUUGGAGUUGAGGAAGAAGGGGGCUUUCUUUGGGUAUACGUAUCGGAGGCCGAAGGUUGUGGAGUUGAGGGUUGAUGGGGGGAGGUUGAGGAGGGGUGGGGUCGGGAUUGGGAGUGGGAGGGUUGGGGGGUUUGCGGGUGAGGGGUUGGAGAAGGAGGAGUAG